AUGACUCGACAAAGCAUGCCCAUGUCGAGCCUUCUUUCAUCGGUAUUGUUCCCGCUCCUGCUGUCUCAAGAAAGCACAGCGGAUAACCUCCUCUAUAUCGACUUUGAUGAUCACUUUGAGCCACCCAUGGAAGAAAAUGUCGAGGUGUACCAAGCUUGCAUCGGGGAUACCAAUGGUUUCGGUGGAAGUGCCGCUGAUAAUACUCUGACGAUUCAAUAUUACCAAGAGAUUACCUAUAGUAUUGAUGGUGAUGACAGUCCCGCACAAAUCGUCCGAGAUUUGGAUUUGGCCACGGUGGACUACUUGCUGGCUUCGAGACGAAUUAGUUGUGUUCGCCCAUCACCACCUGCUGUAAUCGCAACAGCUACUGACGAGAAUAACAAUCGAAAAUUGCAACCACAACUGAGAAGAAAACCUGUGGGGCUAUCGGCAAAUCCUGACGAUCAAGUGUUGGAACUGGACUGCCAAGAGCCUCCAACCGAUGGGGAUCGAUGCAUGGUGGUGGACUCUGGAUUCUCAGUUUUCUACAUGGGAGAAGUUGACAAUGGUGGCGAUGAUGAUGAUAAUGGAUUUGAAGACAUGUUUCGAACCGAGGUUGCCGAUGCUGUGGAUUCUGGAGCACUCAACAGUGCCAACGACCAGAUCAUCGAUAUUCGAAUAACCGACCCGGCAACUUAUCGGCCCUAUCAAGGGGAUCCGGCCAUACAAAGGGGCCCUGCGGAUUUGACACCAGAAGACGAUUCGACUGUGCCAAUUGUGAUUGCUGCCGUAAUUGGAUCUCUGGUCCUUUUAGGGGCAGGAGCUGCCUACGCUAGGUCAAAGCGGUCGGCUUCCUCGACACCAGCAUGA